AUGUCCGACAACGGCAGCCAGGAUGAAGUUUCGAGUGCAGGAGAGCCUGAUUCGACGAGAGAUGGUGACUUCGCUACCAUAGCACAUGAACCGGGCUCAGCCACGGAUUCAUCUUCAGCAACAUCUUUUCACGAGCGAAAAUGGGAUCGACUUCGGCGAAACUACGUUGACAACUAUCUCGAAUUGUUCAAAAAGACUUUCGAAACACCCGAAGAUAGCGAUUCAGCAUCCGAGUUCCCUGCCACUCAACUGGGAGCUGUAACUUGGGAGUCGGCCGAGAAAGCCAGUUUUUUCCAAGCCCUCCGUAUUAAAGGUCGACACGAUAUACAGAGCAUCUCUCUCUUCAUCGGCUCGAAGUCCGAAAUUGAGGUCAAAGCCUACCUGGACAGUCUUCGGGAUCAAGAGGCAGAGCGGCAACUUUUUGAAGCUCGGCCUAACAACAUCUCACAUGCUGAGAUACCUGCCGCUCUUGAGAUUGAUGGGGAAUGCGAGGCUAUGCUUGAUCAGGCCGCAGAAGCUCUUGAAGCAUUCCAGGAGCACUUUGAUUCUGCUGUAGCCCAACGCGAGACACAGACGUGGCUGAUUGAUGCGCCCAAGGCUUCAGAGCUGGAUGUGAAGGAGGAUGAGAAGGACAGCAUCAGUAACGCAGAGCCGGGCUCCGAGGCAGGGGAUUUACAAGGGCCUGAAAAAGUUUUGUCUUUCUUCCAUCUCUCAACCUUUCUAAGCUUGAGCGAACGAUUCUUCAUGAACUCGAGCCAAGAUGCUACAACCUGGCACCAACUCGUUGAGGAGGGACAACGCCCUGCAAUGACUCUGGAUACCGUCACAGAUCUGUAUAAUCUUGUAACCAGUUUCACACAGCGGGUGGUCCAAACCUGCAUCUUCAUUGCAUGCUCCCGCAUCCGGGCGUCAACUUCGGCUCAUUACAAGCCCAGCCGUCUCAUUCGGACUGAAGAUGUCUCUACGGCGCUCACCGUGCUGGGAGCUGCAACCAGCUUAAGAGAUUUCUGGAUAAGACUUCCCAGGAGGAACCAACUAUCGAUCAUCGGAGGAGGACACAGAAAGGGGGCCAGCGUGAGAGAUGUGAUGUCGUACAAUGAGGUGGAGGCGGUUCUGUCAGCCUCGAAGCGAGGAAGGUCCAUGUCCACCACGUCAGAGGGCUCACAUCAAAGCCGGGCCGUUUCUCCGCUUACCUCAACCAGUAGUAGUGUGGAAGACGAACACGAAGAGUGCGAGGCCAGCGACGACUCAUCCUUGACUGCUCUGUCCGAGAAUGACAGCGAUGGUGCGAGUUUGAAUUCUUCCAUUCUGGGAUCUAUAGUUGAUCGUUCAGGAGAAUCGUCAUCAGCUGAUGAAGAUGAAUACCUGGAGCGGCUAGAUCAACAAGCAGGACAAGAAGAAGCGUCAAGGUUGGUGACAUUUCUAGGCCACGUUGGAAAGCUGGCCACAAAGGAAGAAGACUUGGCUGUCGGCUCUAAGCCGCCAAGAGAAUCACGAAAGCCAGUCGAGGACUGUAUGGGCUGGUCGGCUAUCUAUCAGUCUGAAUGGGAGCGUGAUGGCUCUAUCAUUCCUGCACAAUAUUUUUGCGAGACCACAGAUCGUGCCAAAAGAAGGAAGAUUGCUUAA